ACGCCGGUCCUCUGGUGACGCCAAAUAGCCCACCACAUGACAAAAAGUUUCUCAUGAGCUCGCACUCUACCCCCUUGUGGAUCAUCCAGUUAUCGGUGGAAAAUGGCGGCUAGAGGUGGAACAGUACAUCAACAGUGAAAACAGAGAAAGUGCAGGGAAAACUAAAGGAGCUACACAAGAGUCGACUCAGGCACAGAAAAAGUUCAUACAUGAGAAUGUCUCGUUGGGUGCCCACGAAAAAGGAGAAGUAUGGAGUCGCGAUCUAUAACUAUGAUGCCCGCAGCGAGGAGGAGCUGUCGCUACAGAUUGGGGACACGGUGCACAUACUGGAGACGUAUGAAGGAUGGUACAGGGGAAACCGGCUGAGAAGGAAGUCCAAAAAGUUGUCUGUUCCGACCCAGGGCAUAUUCCCCGCAUGCUACAUCCACCUGAAAGAAGCCACAGUGGAGGGCAAUGGGCAGAAAGAGACAGUCAUCCCCAACGAGCCGGCCCUGGUGCAGGAGGUCACUACCACACUACGCGAAUGGGCCUCCAUAUGGAGAGACCUCUAUGUGGGAGACAAGCGAGAAAUGUUCAACUCCGUGCGUGACAUGAUCUAUGACUUGAUCGAGUGGCGCUCUCAGAUCCUGUCUGGCACACUCCCUCAGGACGAGCUUACGGAGCUCAAGCAGAAAGUCACCUCCAAGAUGGACUACGGCAACAAGUACCUGGAUCUGGACCUGGUGGUGAGGAACCAAGAUGGGAACAUCCUGGACCCAGACCUGACCAGCACCAUCAGCCUGUUCCGGGCCCAUGAGGCCGCCUCCAGACAGAUAGAGGAACGCAUCCAGGAGGAGAGGUCCCAGAAGCAGAACAUGGACCUGAGCAGACAGGCCAAGUUUGCCUCCACCCCGUCCUUCGCUCUGUUCGUCACCCUGAAGAACGUGGUGUGUAAGAUCGGGGAGGACGCCGAGGUGCUUAUGUCCCUCUAUGAUCCUGUGGAUUCCAAAUUUAUCAGUGAGAACUACCUAGUGAAGUGGUCCAGCUCUGGGCUGGUCAAGGACCUGGAUCAGCUGCACAAUCUGCGGGCUGUCUUUACGGACCUGGGAAGUGAGGAUCUGAAGAGGGAGAAGAUCAGCUUUGUGUGUCAGAUCGUGCGCGUGGGACGCAUGGAGCUGCGAGACAACAACACCAAGAAGCUGACCACAGGCCUGCGGAGGCCCUUUGGAGUGGCAGUCAUGGACGUCACAGACAUCAUCACAGGCAAGAUGGAUGACGAGGACAAGCAGCACUUCAUCCCCUUCCAGCCGGUGGCGGGGGAGAACGACUUCCUCCAGACAGUCAUCAACAAGGUCAUCGCCGCCAAAGAGGUCAACCACAAGGGCCAAGGUCUGUGGGUGACCCUGAAGCGCCUUCCUGGAGACAUUCAUCAGAUCCGGAAAGACUUCCCCCAUCUGGUGGACCGGUCAACAGCUGUGGCGCGCAAGAUGGGCUUCCCUGAGAUCAUCAUGCCAGGUGACGUGAGGAAUGACAUCUAUGUGACUCUGGUCCAAGGAGAGUUUGACAAAGGCAGCAAGACCACUCCCAAAAAUGUGGAGGUCACCAUGUCUGUGUACGACGAGGAUGGGAAGAAGCUAGAGAAUGUAAUCUUCCCCGGAGCUGGAGAUGAAGGGAUCCUUGAGUACAAGUCUGUGAUCUACUAUCAAGUGAAACAGCCUCGCUGGUUUGAGACAAUCAAGGUUGCCAUUCCCAUUGAGGAUGUAAACAGGAGCCAUCUCCGCUUCACCUUCCGGCACAGAUCAUCUCAGGACUACAAAGACAAAUCGGAGAAGAUCUUUGCCUUGUCCUUUGUCAAGCUGAUGAGGUAUGACGGCACGACGCUGCGAGAUGGCGAGCAUGAUCUCAUCGUCUACAAGGCCGAGGCCAAGAAGAUGGAGGACUCUUCUCUUUACCUGAACGUCCCAGCCACCAAGGUUGAGCUGGAGGAGAAGGGCUACCCCACCACAGGCAAGAGCAUGCAGAACCUGGGCAACUGCACCAUCAGCAAAGACUCCUUCCAGAUCUCCACCUUGGUUUGCUCCACCAAACUCACCCAGAACGUGGACCUCCUGGGUCUGUUGAAAUGGCGCUCCAACACCAGCCUGCUCCAGCAGAACCUGCGGCAGCUCAUGAAGGUGGACGGAGGAGAGGUCGUCAAGUUUCUACAAGACACCCUGGAUGCCCUCUUCAACAUCAUGAUGGAGAACUCUGAGAGUGACACGUUUGACACCCUGGUUUUUGAUGCUUUGGUCUUUAUAAUUGGACUGAUUGCGGACAGAAAGUUCCAGCACUUUAACCCUGUUCUUGAAACCUACAUCCGGAAACACUUCAGUGCCACACUGGCCUACACGAAACUGACGAGGGUGCUGAAGAAUUAUGUGGAUAAUGCAGAGAAGUUGACCGAUCAGCUCCUCAAGGCCAUGAAGGCGCUGGAAUACAUUUUCAAGUUCAUUGUGCGCUCCAGAGUGCUCUUCAACCAGCUGUAUGAGAACAAGGGGGAGGCAGACUUCAUGGAGUCCCUGAGGGACCUCUUCACCUCCUUCAACAACAUGAUGAACAGCAGCGCAGAGAACACCAGCAUGGUCAAGGGUGCCGCAUUGAAGUACAUCCCAACCAUCGUCAAUGAUGUCAAGCUGGUGUUUGAUCCCAAGGAGCUGAGUAAACUGUUUACAGAGUUCAUCCUGAAGGUCCCUCCAGGACGCCUUGUGAAGCAGAAGCUGAACUGCAUGAUCGACAUUGUUGACAGUGACCUCUUCACACAGCAUGCUGCUGGACGGAGAGUGGCCGGGGGAGAAGCUCGCCAUCCCAAGGUGAAAUGUGCUCGAACAGAUACAGCAUAUGGAGGCACCACAGACUGUCGGGAGAUCCUUCUGCCCCUGAUGACCGAUCAGCUGAAGCUGCACCUGGAGCAACAUGAAGAGCUGGAGGCCUGUUGCCAACUCCUCAGCAAUGUCCUGGAGGUGCUCUACCGCACAGAUGUGGGCCCAACUCAGUGGCACAUUGAGGUCAUCAUGGAGAAGCUUCUGCGGACAGUGAACCGAACGGUCAUCUCCUUGGGUCGAGACUCAGCACUCAUCGGCAGUUUCGUCGCCAGCAUGACGGCCACUCUGCGUCAGAUGGAAGAUUACCACUAUUCUCAUCUCAUCAAUACCUUUGGCAAAAUGAGGACGGAUGUAGUGGAUUUCCUAAUGGAAACAUUUAUCAUGUUCAAGGAUCUCAUUGGCAAGAAUGUCUACCCUGCCGACUGGGUGAUAAUGAACAUGAUGCAGAAUAAAGUCUUCUUGCGGGCCAUCAAUCAAUAUGCCACCGUGUUGAACAAGAAGUUCCUGGACCAAGCCAACUUCGAGCUUCAGCUCUGGAACAACUACUUCCACCUGGCUGUGGCCUUCCUCACGCAGGAGUCCCUGCAGCUGGAGAACUUCUCCAGUGACAAGCGCAACAAGAUCUUCCACAAGUAUCAGGACAUGAGAAGGCAGAUUGGCUUUGAGAUAAGAGAUAUGUGGUAUAACCUGGGUCCGCACAAGAUCAAGUUCAUCCCGGAGAUGGUGGGACCAAUCCUGGAGAUGACGCUGGUGCCCGAGAUCGAGCUGCGCAAGGCCACCAUCCCCAUCUUCUUUGACAUGAUGCAGUGCGAGUUCCACUUCACACGCAGCUUCCAGAUGUUUGAGAAUGAGAUCAUCACCAAGCUGGACCACGAGGUGGAGGGCGGCCGAGGGGACGAGCAGUACAAAGUCCUCUUUCAGAAAAUCUUGCUGGAGCACUGCAGGAAGCACAAAUACCUGGCCAAGAGCGGGGAGAACUUUGUGACUCUGGUGGUGCGUCUGCUGGAGCGGCUCCUGGACUACCGGACCAUCAUGCACGACGAGAACAAGGAGAACCGCAUGAGCUGCACCGUCAACGUCCUGAACUUUUACAAGGAGAUUGAGAGAGAAGAAAUGUACAUCAGGUACCUGUACAAGCUGUGUGACCUCCACAAAGAGUGUGACAACUACACUGAGGCCGCAUACACACUGCUGCUACAUGCCAAGCUACUUAAGUGGUCCGAGGAUCCCUGCGCUGCCCAUCUCACCCAGAGGGAGGGCUACCAGGCCACCACACAGGGCCAGCUCAAAGACCAGCUCUACCAGGAGACCAUCAACUACUUUGACAAGGGCAAGAUGUGGGAGGAGGCCAUCAUCCUGGGGAAGGAGCUCUCUGAGCAGUACGAAAAUGAAAUGUUUGACUUUGAGCAGCUCAGUGCGUUGUUGCGCAAGCAAGCUCAGUUCUACGAGAACAUAGUCAAGGUGAUCCGACCAAAGCCUGACUACUUUGCUGUGGGCUACCAUGGCCAGGGAUUCCCCUCGUUUCUCAGGAAUAAGAUGUUCAUGUACCGGGGCAAGGAGUACGAGCGGAGGGAGGACUUUGAGGCGCGACUGCUCACACAGUUCCCCAAUGCUGACAAGAUGAAGACCACUAAUCCACCUGGAGAUGAGAUCAGGAACUCGCCUGGUCAAUGCAUCCAGUGUUUCACAGUCAAGCCCAUCCUUGAGCUUCCACCAAAGUUCCAGAACAAACCGGUAUCUGAGCAGAUCCUGAGUUUCUACACUGUUAAUGAAGUGAACAAGUUCCAGUACUCCAGGCCUGUGAGGAAGGGGGAGAAGGACCCAGACAACGAGUUUUCAAACAUGUGGAUCGAGCGGACCACUUACGUCACUGCCUACAAGCUGCCUGGCAUACUGCGCUGGUUUGAAGUCAAGUCCUUCUCCACAGAGGAGAUUAGUCCCUUGGAGAAUGCCAUGGAAACUAUGCAGCUGACCAAUGAGAAGAUCAACAACAUGGUGCAGAGACAUCUGAAUGACACCAACCUUCCCAUCAACCCCCUGUCCAUGCUGUUGAAUGGAAUAGUAGACCCGGCCGUCAUGGGUGGCUUUACAAACUAUGAGAAGGCCUUCUUCACAGACAAGUACACCCAGGAUCACCCUGAGGACCGGGAGAAGAUUGACAAGCUGAAGGACCUGAUUGCCUGGCAGAUCCCGUACCUGGCAGAUGGCGUGCGUAUCCAUGGUGAGAAGGUGACGGAGGCUCUGAGGCCCUUCCAUGAGCGCCUGGAGGCCUGCUUCAAGCAGCUCAGGGAGAAGGUGGAGAAGACGUACGGGGUUAAGACUCUGCCAGGGGCAGACGAGCGUCGGGGUGGUCAGAGGCCUCGUUCCAUGGUCCGCUCCUUCACCAUGCCCUCCUCCCAGCGGCCCCUGUCCGUCGCCUCCGUCACCUCCAUCUCCUCCGACAACUCCCCCUCCAGGCCCGGCUCUGACGGGUUUACCCUGGAGCCCUUACUGCCAAAGAAAGUGCACUGCAAAUCCCAGGACAAGCUGGACCGCGAGGAGCCAGAGAGGGAGCGCAAGGACAAGGACAAGAAGAAGGAGAAGAGGAACAGCAAGCACCAGGAGAUCUUCGACAAGGAGCUCAAGGCCACCGAGAUCCCCAUGCAGCCAUCUGAGACGGUCAUACUCUCAGAGAUGAUCAGUCCACUGCGGCCCCAGAGGCCCAAGAGCCAGGUGAUCAACCUUCUGGGCCCUGACCGGCGUCUGUCCGUGUCCCCUGGCCCCCCGACCCCCUCGGCGGUGGCAGCAGCGGCAGGGGGCCCUCCUCCCAUCACCCCCAGGGCCAAGCUGUCCUUCAGCCUGCUCUCAGGCUCCAAUCUGGAGCUGAACGGGAUGGGAUGCGCAGAGAAAGGGGAAGUCCCACCCCCGCUGCCGAUGAAGGGCAGCAUGGCCGACUACGGGAACCUGAUGGACAACCCUGAGCUGGCCAGCCCCACCACGCCUCCCCCUCCUCUGCCACAUCACAGGCAUCUGCCACCCCCUCUGCCGAGCAAGACUCCACCUCCCCCGCCCCCGAAGACCACGAGGAAGCAGGCCUCCAUCGAUUCAGGAAUCGUCCAAUAAGAAGCGACACUAACCUGCCAGGAGGAACAAAGCAAAUAGAACUGAACUGAACCGAACAAACAUUGAAAAGACUGAACUGAAAUUGUGUAUUAUUGUUUUAAAUGUAGAAUUCCCCUUCCCCUAGUUUUAGCAAGCUGAAUACCUCAUGAAGGUGUGCAUCUGCGAUCACUGCUCUACUAUGAGCCUGUGCACAGGACACUCCACUAGGGAACCUGUGCCAAUUAUUAAUCAAGCCUUCGAGUGAGCUGUCAGCGGUGGAUGGACUUCCUCCCGUAGUUCUCCAGGUAAUCUCCACAGCAGUGUUUUACUGAAAUGCCUUCUUUUUUGAUGAGUACAUUCUGACCAAGCAACCAACGGCCAACACGGACCACUUUCAGGAAACCGAGGUUUGAUUGCUUUAUUCUGCAGCAUUUUUUAUAAGGGUAGUUUUCUCCGUAUAGCCACACUGUUCUCAGUGUAUCGCACUGUACAGAGGUUUUUUUUUGUAUAUAUAAAUAUAUAUAUAUGAUUUUAUUUUAUUUUUAUUGUUCUUUUCUUUCUUUGAAAAGUGAAUUGAUGAUUUUUAUUAACAUGACAUUAACUGGCAUUUUACUCCAAAAAGGGCUUGUAGGUUUUCCAAUGACAGGGACUGUAAAGUACCAUAUGUAAAUUACCUUGUGAUGGAUUUUUUUUUUUUUUUUUUGAGAGUGUACACAACUAACUCUCCAACAUACUUUCAUUGUAUAGAAUUUUGUCAUACAUUGCUGUAACCAUGGAUUCCAGUAACAUCAAAAUGUUCCAAAAUUCACUACUGACUUUGAAAUAAACGCUCUACAAAUGUA